AUGGAUUUUGUUGUAGACUAUCAAACUUAUGCAAUGGCAGAUGAUGCCACGGCGGAAUUACCUGAACCAGAACCAAGACUAAACUUAACCUCAGAUACACAAUCCCAGUCUCUGAGCAAAGUCGAUAUACAGUUUAAAUUACCCAAUCUACAAAACCAUUCCAAUAAUCAUACAACUUUGACAAUAGACAGUGAUGGUUCUGGAACAACGGACCUGUAUAAAAGAAUGACACAUUACGCAAUGUCUUCUAUUGAUAAAAUACAGCUUCCCAAUCCAAAGGGAAUGUUAGGACAAAAUUCUUUGAGUGAAAAGUUAUCACAACAAGAAUCUCAUAAUUUUACGAACUAUGAAUCUAAAAACCUUGAUUUAUCAAAGUUAGUAUCUCCGCCAAGUGAUUCCAGUAAAAACACCACAAACCUGGUUCUUUCCAAUAAACUUUCCAAAAUAUUGAAUAAUUAUACACUAACUAAUUACCAGGCCACAGUUCAGCUGAGAAAAUCCCUAAAAAUCCUGGAAGAGAACAAAGAAAGAUUGUCUCUUGAUGAACAGAAGCUCAUGAAUCCUGGAUACGUGGGAACUUUGGCAAGAAGGACAUUGAGGACUGAUUUAGAAUCUCAACUACUAAAGGAACAUAUCACUGUGCUUCAGGAAUUCAAACCUAUUAUCAGAAGAAUUAAACGAUUAUCAUCUUCCGUAGAAAGAAUACAAAAAACAAGUGAAAACUUAUUAACCAAUGAGACUAGUAAAGUUUCUAUGAAUAAUGUGACACUCCAAGAAAUAGACCAAUAUCGUUUAAAGGCAGAGCAGUUGAAGCUAAAAAAGAAAAUACUACUGUCUAUAAGAGAUAGAUUUACUUUGAAUCAAAUAGAAGAUGAUGUAAUUACCAACGGUGCUAUUGACAAUACUUUUUUCAAUGUAAUAAAAAAAGUGAUCGGUAUCAAAGAGGAAUCAAGUUUUUUACUGACACUCCCUAAUUUAAGUGCUGGUAAUGCCUUGAUCAUCGAGGUCAAUGAAAUUUUACAGAAGACGAACAAGAAAAUUUUCAAUUUUUUGAUCGAUUUUUUAUAUAGCUUUGAAUCGUCUUCAAACCUACUGAACGACCAUGGUGCCACUGAACAAGAAAACUUAAUCAUUUUUCAAAAGAGUUUGGUUUUUUUGUCGAAUGAUUUAGAAUUAUUCAAUGAGUUUUUGAAAAGAGUAACUACCUUGAGAUCCAAAAGUAUUCUAGAUGAAUUCUUGUCCCAGUUUGAUAUGAAUUCAGCUAAUUCUAAGCCGAUCGUACUAUCAGCACAUGACCCUAUUAGAUAUAUUGGUGAUGUAUUGGCGUCGGUUCAUUCUAUAAUUGCAAAUGAAGCUGAUUUUGUGAAGUCAUUAUUUAACUUCCAGGAUGAAAACUUGAAAGAUACACCGCCUUCUAUACUUCAACAGAAUGGUACGUUUUUGAACGGUAUCGACAACAAAUUACUGAACGAUGUCAUUCAAUCGUUGUCUAAUUCUUGUCGUAUCCGUAUUGAACAGAUCGUGAGGUUUGAAGAAAAUCCAACUAUCAAUUUCGAAAUUGUUAGAUUAUUGAAACUUUAUAGGGUCAUGUUUGAGAGAAAAGGUAUUCAAGACGAUAGUUCUAUCAUCAAUAAUUUGAAAUCAUUGGAAGACAUUUCCAAAAACAGAAUUAUUGGAUAUUAUGAGGAGUAUAUCAAGAAAACAGCCUCUGUUUUCGAUACGGUGAAUUCGUCAGAUGAUUUACUACCACCAGAGUGGUUAUCAGAGUAUAUGAAUAAAUUAGUGGAAUUAUUUGAAAUUUAUGAAAAGACGCACACAGCUGAAGAUGAAGAACCAGAAGACAAUAGAUUGCUUUCAUAUGAAAACCUACAAACAAUUGUAGAACAACCGAUCAAGAAUGUUUUAGUAAACCGUUUGCAAGGCUCUUUCCCUUUAGCGAAGAAAAACGAAAAAGUAAAAGCGUCAUUGUUAACCCUAGAGAUAAACUGUUUCGAUCUAAUUAAAUCUAGAAUUCAACCUUUUGAAGGGAUCUUUGCACAAGACGAUAAUACCCGAAAGAUUUCCACUUGGAUUUGUGAUAUGUUGAAUGAAUUUACUAAACAAAUGCAGACUUUGCAAAUAAAAUUUCUAUUUGAGAAUACAGGUUUAGACCUUUAUAAUAAUUUGGUGAAUAUGAUAUUUCCCGUGGACUCAGUGAAGGAUGAAUUAGAUUAUGAUAUGUAUUUAUCUCUGAGGGAUAAUUCAUUAAUGGAAUUAGAGACAAUUGGAAAACAUGUACAUGACAAAUUAAACGAUUAUUUACCUCAGGCACUAACUGAUGUUCAAGGUAAUUUACUAUCUAGGUUGACUUCACCAAUGAUAGCUGACAAAAUAUGUGAUGAAUGUUUUAAGAAAUUAUCGCUAUUCUAUGAUAUCUUCAGAAAAGUACUUGUUCACUUGUAUCCAAAUAAAAAGGACCAAGUAUUUGAAAUUUUGAACUUCUCCACUGAUGAAUUUGACAUGUUAGUUGGUAUCAAUCACUGA